AGAAGUUAAAGGUGACAGGCGUGCAACACACAGAGACACACACACACAGACUGUUUGCCUGUCAACUGCAGUGGGGUUGCUGGCCGCUGUCACAAUGAGUGAGCUGACUGAAGCGGACAAAGCCAACAUCCGUGUGGUGUGGGAGAAGUUGGCUGCGGAUCCUGAGGGAAACGGCAGGACUGUGGUUCUGAGGUUGUUCACAGAUUAUCCUGAAACGAAAAAGUACUUUCAGCAUUUUAAGGACAUUUCAACCCAGGAAGAAAUGCAAAAAUCAGCUCAGAUCAAAAGACAUGGCAAGACAGUGAUGAACAAACUGACGAGCAUCUUUGAAAAAUUGGAUGAUUGGGCUGCAGUCUGCACCAUUCUGGAUACCAUGGCAGAAAGGCAUGUUCACAAACAUAAAGUGGAGGUCUACAACUUUCAGAUUAUAUUUAAUUUAAUUGUUACGAUCAUGGGCGAAUCAUUGGGGAGCAGUUUUACACCAGAGAUCCGUGAAUCCUGGGUGAAGACCUUCAAUAUCAUUUACAAUUAUCUUGAAGAUUGCUACAAGAAAUACGGAGCUACAUUCUAACUUAAUGGCAUGUGGUUGCAAACACUUACCAUUCCAACCAUUGAUUAACGAAUGAUACUCUCUCUAAACCGUUCUGUACUGCAAUGAUGAACAUCAUCAGCAUUUGGAUGGAUCUACUUGAGAAUAAUGAAAUUUUGAAAUUAAGAAUGGGAGAAAUAAAUGAUAAUGUUAUGGAAAAAAUUAAAUAUAUCCAUUGAUCAUUUGCCUUGCUAAAUUUUAUAAAGUAAGCAAUAUUUUCUGCAUUAUUUGAGCAACUACCUUACUCAAUUAACCUGAUUUUAUUUCAAAUAUUUAGCCAGACAUAGCAACUACUACAUCAAUAAAUAGAGGUGGUGGCCUAGUGGCAUUGUCAUGAGACUAUUAAUCCAGAGACCUAGCUAAUGAUCUGGUGACUGGGUUCAAAUCCCACCAUGGUAGAUGAUAGAAUAUGAAUCCAAUAAAAGUCUGGAAUUAAGAGUCUAAUAUUGACCUUGAAUUGAUUGCUAGGGGGCAAAAAACCAUCUGGUUCACUAAUGGGAAUGAAGCUGCCAUCUGUACCUGGUCUAAACUACGUGUGACUCCAGACCCACAGCAGUGUGGCGACUCUUAACUGCCCUCUGGGCAAUUACAGAUGACCAAUAAAUGUUGGCUCAGCAUCCACAUCCUUUGAGUGGGUUUUAAAAAAGUUUGUUGAUUGAUUUUAUUUUAGUUUUGUAGUCCAUUUCAAAAGCUCUGGGGAAAUAUGCCUCAUUUAAAAAUAUAUAAUUUUACCUUGAGAGUCUUUUUUUUUCCAACACAUCCCACAACCCAUCUGCACCCAGUUAUUUAACUCCCUCCAACAAUAUUGCAAUAUCCCUCUAACUUAAUCUUUCAUGAGGCUAAUAAGAGCACAGAUAAUACUGGGGUGAAGAUGAAAGUCUCAGCCUUGGCUAAAGUUGAAAAAUGUUGCUGCCUUCAAGAAAAUCAUUCGCUAUAGGAAUACCUGGUUCACAUUUUUUUUAGUGCUGCUGUUAUUUAUGGCUCCACAUGGCAGGAGAUUGGCUGCUGUGGUGUAUUCCCAUUUGUCUGUCCUUGCACACACCAACUUGCAGCCAGUUUGUGGUAUGAUAUCUGUCAGCUAAAUAUGCUCGGGUCUAUUCCUCUUUCUCUACUUCAACCUAUAGAAGAAGUCUCUAGCUUUUCAGCUCUGAUCAAAGAUGAAAUACUAAUGUUUUCUGUCACUUUUUUUUGAAGAUUUCUAUUCGCUCUUGCAAUUUCAAGUCCUCUUUGUUUGUCUUAACAAAGAUUUUUCAACACAUAGCUUAGCAGUCAUCUUACAAAGGUUACUUUUCCAUGGAUCUUCUGUAGAUCUUUGCAGGUUUCUGAGGCAGGCAAGAAAAAGGGCAAAAUGUAGCAUGGUUUGGUUCCUGGUUAGAAACUCGAGUUUUCUCAUUGUUACCAUCUUUGCAAAAUUACAUCUGCAUCAUCUCUGCUGGCUUCUAUUCCCAUUUAGACACAUGUAACUACGUGUUCCACCAUGUACUGCAAUCCUCAUUCUAAUUCCUGAUUACAGUCAGUUUCUGGCCUGUCUUUCUUGACACAAUGGAUGGUAGUUUGGGACAAAUAUGAUAUUAAACACUGAGCUAGCUAAGAAAGAACAUCUCACACCCUCUCUCCUAUUUCUUCUUUCUAUUCUGCAACUUGUUUUGAGUUGUUGACAAAACCAUUUACUGGGAAAAAAGCUAAAUAAUUAAAAAUGCAAACUUAUACUUCCACUUACACGAUCUUCAUGCAAAUGGAAAAAUGAGUCAACGAAAUGCUUUUGGAACUGUGAGUACAUGUAGUUUGAAUUUGUAUACAUGUGUGAAUGAAUCAACCACUUGAAAAUUAUUAUUUUUCAAUAUUGUACAAUGGUAGUUUGU